GACCCGCUCUGCAAGAAAGAAACGGAACACGCGCAGAAGGGGAACAGAGGCAGGCGCGACCGCACCACCAAGCCAGACCACCAGACCGAACCCCCGCCGGCGCCUUCCCCUGACGAGGCGAGCGAAGCCAACCCAGAUCGAAUCCCCGCCCUCCCUCCCUCCCGAAUCCAUGGACGGAUCUCACUCCCACGCGGCCGGAGGCGGCGAGGGGACGCAGAGGACGCUGAACCCCUAUGUGACUGGUAACUCAGUGAUUGCAAUGAAAUACAAGGAUGGUGUGAUCAUGGCGUGUGACACUGGAGCCUCCUAUGGGUCAACUCUGCGGUACAAGAGCGUGGAGCGUAUCAAGGAGGUCGGUAAGCAUAGUCUUAUUGGAGGGAGUGGGGAGUUCAGUGAUUUCCAGGAGAUUUUGCGCUAUCUGGAUGAAUUGACUCUGAAUGAUCAUAUGUGGGAUGAUGGGAACUCAUUGGGCCCCAAGGAAAUCCACGCCUACCUGACACGAGUGAUGUACAACCGGCGCAAUAAGUUUGACCCCCUGUGGAACUCACUGGUGCUUGGUGGAGUGAAAAAGGGCCCAAAGGGUGAUGAGAAAUAUCUUGGCAUGGUAAACAUGAUUGGUACACACUUUGAGGAGAACCACAUUGCCACUGGAUUUGGGAAUCAUAUGGCAAUCCCAAUACUUCGCGGUGAAUGGCGCGAGGACAUGACUUUUGAAGAAGCUGUCAAGCUGAUUGAGAAAUGUCUGCUGGUCCUGCUGUACCGUGACCGGUCAUCCAUCAACAAAUUCCAGAUUGCCAAGAUCACGACUGAGGGAUCGACCAUCUACCCGCCGUAUGCCCUCAAGACCAACUGGGGCUUUGCCGCCUUUGAGAACCCGUCCAAGGGUGCUGUAGGAACAUGGUAGACCUAUGCUGCGGCCAUGAGAUAGGAAAUGAAGCAUAUUCUCUGCUGCUGGAACAGUUUCAGCCCUUGUGUGAGCGUUUGAUCUGAACAUGACUCGAACUCUACAUUUGCUCUGUAUGGCAUGUUAUAAUUUCAUUUCAAGUCUUGUGAAUGUUAAGGUGGAUCAUGUA